AAAAUAUGAAAAAUAAUAAAGAAUCCUUUCGUUUAAUGAUGGAAUAGUCGAUUUUACAAUAGAAGACAAAGGUUUAUCAUCGAAGAUAAAAUUAACAUUAGAAGAUAAUAAAAAGACAAAUAUAUUAUAUAAUUAUUCCCAUUAUCAUUCUAUGCAUAACGAGUAUUUUUUUAAAGAUUUCAAUAAAAAAGAUAGUGAUGAAUUAAAAAAAGAAAUUGAAAAUAUAAUAAUAGAACAUGAUUAUUAAAAAGCUUGUGAAAAUUUAAAUGAGUAAUAAAUAUAAAAAGAAGUUUAAAAUUCAGCUAAAAAUAACUAUUUGAAUGAAUUUGUUAUUUUUUUAAAAAAUUAGUUGGUUUGUACUUUUAACUUUGAUAUUUUAACAAACGAAUUUUAAUAUUCCAAUUAGCAAUUAAUAAAUGAAAACUUCAAAAAAUUCUCUUCUGAAGGAAUUUCUGGAUAAAUACAUAAAAUAGACGAAAAAAAUCAACAAGAAGACGAAAAUACAUCGCAAACAAUCUUUUAAAAAUAUGAAAAUGAAAAAAAUAUAGAAGAAGAUUUCUUACAUUUAGAAAGUUAAGUUUCUCAUUUCGAGGAAAAUAAAGAACCUAUUUAGCCUGAUUUAGUCGAAAAAAUCAACAAUUAAUUAAAUUUAACUCAACAAAAUUAAAUUAUUAAUCCAGAAGUCAUUUUCAAAACAAUCUAAAGCAACUUUGAGUCCAAUAUUUAAAAAAAACAAAGAAUAAAUCUCGUUUAUAAAGGAAAAGAUUUCGAUUCUAUUCUUAUGGAUGCCGAUAAGCGUAUAAACUAAUAAAAAGCAAUUCUAAACUUAUAAGAAUAGUAAUAAAAUCAACUAGAUGAUGAAUAUGAAGAUGAUGAAGAAGAAGAGGAACCAUUAAAAAAAUUCGAAUUAAUAAAAUUGCAAGAUACCACCUAAAGAACAACAAGUAAAAAUUACUAAUUUGCCAUAGAAGAUGUUUAAGACAUAAUUUUAUUUUAUGACCGACUUCCAAAAUAAAGAAUGGCAAUUAAAUUCGAUUUUGAGCUUGAUAAUUUCCAAAAGCGAGCUAUUUUACGUCUUGAAGAAAACGAGAGUGUAUUCGUCUGUGCCCACACUUCUGCUGGUAAAACUGUAGUAGCCGAAUAUGCUAUAGCCUUAGCUAAAAAAAAUAAACGCAAAGCAAUAUAUACAUCCCCUAUAAAGGCUUUAUCUAAUUAAAAGUAUAGAGACUUUAAACUAAAAUUUGGAUAAGAUGUUGGAAUAGUAACCGGUGAUGUUUCCCUAAACCCAACCGCAAGUUGUUUAAUAGUAACAACUGAAGUUUUAAGAAAUAUGCUUUAUAAAGGACAUGAUAUAAUAAGGGAUAUUUCCUGGGUUAUUUUCGACGAAGUACAUUAUGUGAAUAACCAAGAUAGAGGUGUUGUAUGGGAAGAAACAAUUAUUAUGCUGCCAGAAAGUAUAGGAUUAGUCAUGUUAAGUGCAACAGCGCCGAAUUAUAUGGAUUUUGCAGAUUGGGUAGGCAGAACGAAAAAAAAGAACAUUUUUGUACAAAAAACUACUUUUAGACCCGUUCCAUUGGAACAUAGUAUUUAUGUUAACGAGAAAUUUCAUUUAGUCAAAAGCAGAAAUGAGGCUCUUGAUGAAAAAUCUUAUUAUAAUAUUAAAAAAGAAUUAGAAUAAAUCGAUAAUUAGAGAAAAAAUGUAAAGUUUAAUAAAGGAUAGAUGUUAGCUUAAAAAAAAGAGAAGGAUAUUUAUAAAAAUACUAAUUUGUCAUAAAAAUCAAAGGCUAUGUCGAAAAAAUAUACUGAAAUGUAUAUUAAAAAAACUAGUAAAGUUAAUGUAGGAGGAGGGUAGAAAACAGAAGCUUAAUAAAUGAAAAAAUUACUUAAAUAUUGCGAAAAAACCAAAUUAUUACCAUGUGUUGUUUUUGUUUUUUCAAAAAAUAAAAUUAAAGAACUUUCAGAAAGUUUAAAAAAUAUAUCUUUUUGUUCUUUAGAAGAAAGAAGAAAAAUAGAAGAAUUUUUUAAUAAAUUUUCUCGUAAUAUAAAAUCAUAAGAUUUAAAAGUUUAAUAAAUCUAAACUAUAAAAACACUCAUGAUGUGUGGUAUAGGAGUUCAUCAUGGUGAUGUUAUUCCCUUCGUUAAGGAAAUAGUCGAAAUUCUUUUCUCUGAAGGCUUAAUUAAAGUUCUAUUUGCAACCGAAACAUUUGCUAUGGGUAUAAAUAUGCCUACAAAAACUGCUAUUUUCCAUUCAAUAUCUAAGCAUGAUGGAUAAGGUCGCCGUAUUUUAAAUUCUUCUGAAUAUACAUAAAUGAGUGGAAGAGCAGGUCGAAGAGGCCUAGAUGAAUAAGGAAACUGUAUAAUUUUUAUAGCAGAAGGUAGACAAUUACCGUCAAAAUUAGACUUGAAAUUAAUGAUGGAUUCCAAAGGUGAAGUCUUAUAGUCUAAAUUUAAGAUUUCUUAUGAAAUUAUAUUAAAACUUCUAACUUCUUAGGAAAUAAACGUUACCGACAUGAUGAAAAAAAGCUAUUUAGAAAAUUCCAAACACGCUAAUUUAUCGCAAAAUGUUAACAAAAUAAAAGACUUGAAAUAAGAUUUGAUUUAACUAGAUAAAAUUACCUGUGAAUUUAAACUUCCGACCGAAAAAGAAAUUCCUUUAUUUGAAUUUGUAAGAUCAGGUUAAGAUUUAUUGAAGAAUGCUCCUCUAUUUUGGUAAAAAGAUGUUUAAUAUUUCCAAAAAAAUAUUUUAAUACCCUCUUUUUGCCUACUUUUGGACAAUAAAUUGAAUAAAUACUUAUCUUUAAUAGUUGAUAUUGAUAAUAAUAGAAAUAAUAAAAAAUUUCUUAAAUGUCUUAUUAAUAGACAUAUAAAUGAAAAAAAUGUACCGUCUUUUGAUUCCGAAGAAGACAAAAAUAAAGGAUAUAGAGAGUUUCCUACUUAUAUUGUUAAUUUUGAUAGAUAGGAUUAUACAUGCGAAAUAUUUUCUGUUUCAAUUGAUUUUGCUUUAAAAAUUUAUUUUGAUAAUCCUAAUAUUAAAGAAGGUGAUCCAAGAAAUAGAAUUUAUAUAGAAAAAUGCGCUUAUAUUUUAUAUAAGAAAGAAUAAGAGUAAUAAGCUUUAGUUCAUAUAUAGGAUAUGAAAAAUAAAAAUAAUUAAUAAUUUAAUAAACAAUUAUAAUAAUAAUUUAAAAAGCCUUAAUAAUCAAAUAAUAAAAAUUAAUUUUAGGAAAUGUAAUUUUAAGGAGUAAAUUAAGAAUAUUUGCUUUUAAGAAAUUAAAACUUAGAAAUUUAUGAAAACUCAACAUGUUCCCAAUGUUUUCUAAAAGAAAAACACGUCUAACAAUAUUUAAACAAAAAUAAAAUAAACUCAUAACUAGAGGAACUUUUUAAAAACAUAGAUGAUGAAGAAAUCACACAACUUUAAAGUUUCCGAGGAAAACUUAAAGUUUUACAAAAAUUAAAUUAUACAGAUAAUGAAAAUCUCCCUCUAUUAAAAGCUAGGGUGGCAAAAGAAAUAGAAUUAAUAUAUGUUUGUGAGCUUUUAGUCCAAGGAAUUUUCGAUUAACUCACAGAACCGGAAUUAGCCUCACUUCUAAGUUGCUUUAUAUGCCAAAGUAAACCUAAAAUGGGGGCAGAGAGAUAUGAUCUAUUAACUGAUUACGAUAAUGGAUUUGGUUAUGAUGAGUUCUUUAUUGAAAAAUAUGAAUAGUCGAUUACUAUACUGAAAGAUAUCAUAAAUACUGAAAUUGAAAAUGGGGUUGUUAUAGCAGCUUCGGAAGAUGAUUAUUUAUAAGAAGUUUUUAAUCCUGAAUUAUCAAAAGUAGUCUAUGAAUGGAUGAAAGGGAAAGAUUUUUUCACUAUUUGUUAGUUGACCGAAGUAUAGGAAGGUAGCAUUAUUAGAUGCCUGGUUAGAUUAGAAAAUUUAAUGAAAAAUUUAAAAAAUGCAGCUAUUUUAUUAGGAAAUAAUUAACUAUGUAUGAAAAUUGAAUAGGCUUAAGAUAUAAUGAAAAGAGAUAUUGUUUUCUCAUAAAGUUUAUAUUUAAUUGAAAAUUGA